CAUGGACACGUCGGAGCCGCGGCCCAGCAAGAGACCGGCCUUCCCACCCGUGGCCGCCGAGGCGCUGGGGGUCGGAAAGGGCGAAAUGAGGAAGGUUCCCGUGCCCGCCAACAGGUACACUCCGCUGAAAGAAAACUGGAUGAAAAUCUUCACGCCGAUCGUGGAGCACCUGCAACUUCAAAUAAGGUUUAAUUUGAAAACGAGGAACGUGGAAAUCAAGACUUGUCAAGAGACAAAGGAUCUCAGUGCUCUAACAAAAGCAGCUGAUUUUGUAAAAGCAUUUAUACUUGGGUUUCAAGUAGAGGAUGCUCUUGCUCUCAUCAGACUAGAUGAUCUUUUUCUAGAAUCAUUUGAAGUUACAGACGUCAAACCUUUGAAAGGAGAUCAUCUGUCAAGAGCAAUAGGGAGAAUAGCAGGGAAGGGCGGAAAAACAAAAUUCACUAUAGAAAACGUAACCAGGACACGUAUUGUUCUUGCUGACGCGAAAAUUCAUAUUUUGGGAUCUUUUCAGAACAUUAAAAUGGCACGAACAGCAAUUUGCAAUCUGAUUUUAGGAAGUCCCCCAUCAAAAGUUUAUGGCAAUAUUCGGGCAGUGGCCAGCAGAGCAGCUGAAAGAUUCUGAGCAGCAGCAUGGCUGCACCACCAGUGACUGGGAGUCAUGGUUUCUAUAUGCAUGAGAGGCUGGGAGCUACGCAAGCACCUGGUCCUCAGCUUGAUUUGGAAGCCCAGAAGAAAACUGGGACUGUUUGUGCAGCCUAAUUUCAAAAAUCGGACAUGCUGUCCCACUGAAACACUUAAUAUUUUGUCAGUUAUUAAAAGGUAUUUUAAAGUGGUUGUGUCUGUAGCAGAAGUAUUGGGUACCUGAUUUUACUUAAAAACAUGCUUCAUUACCAACUUACUGAAUGAAGUAUGAAGAGACUGCUGUCAACUUCAGAAGGCCUUUGUGCUUAAUGUUUUGAGCCUAAAGGAAUCAGCACAGUUCAUAACCACAUCAUGGAUUAGUAUCUUUCUGGAAAAAAGGAAGAGUCAACAGAAAGGGAAAGUUCACUGCCACACUGCCCAACAAGUCUCUGCUGCUGGUGGAACAAGGUACCACACAAACACAGUAAGAGGUAAAUAGCAUUUAUGAACUUAUUCCUGGAAUCUGCACAUAUAUAGACUUCUAUUUUUUUAUUCUCUCAGAAAUGAUCUGUAAAGGCAGCCUAGUGAAGCAGAGAGCCUCCAGGUAAAGUACUUAACCAGUGUACCAGAGUACAAGCAGCUGUAAAGGGCUGUUGCUCACUGCACAUUUGCAUGAGGCAGAGAUGACAGCCCAGCUACAGUCCCAGUUUGACUUAAACCCGGGCCCUUUUUCUCCAGCCCCUGCCAGUCUAACUUGUUACCAAGUCUCAUGCAAAACAAUUCAGUUUAGGUUUGUGAACCAAAAAAAUUGAAAUGAGAUCAUCAAAAGCCCUAGCAAGUGGAAUAAGCAUUUCUCUCAAUGUCCAAGUUGCCAGUGCAGUGUUCUGUAGUAUGGGAUUACUACUAGAGCCGAAUUAAUUAAAAUCACUAAGAUUUAAGACUUGCUGAGUUACCUAAAUGUACAGCUCUCAGCAGUCUGAGCAACACAGGGGAGAGCAUGGCCAUUCUGAGAAGCUCAAGGUAAAACUGCAUGUGCCUGGUGAGCACAUUUUCUGUUCAUCAGCUGCUUAUAUUUAUCUCAAUUUGCUUGGAAGAUGAGAGGGCAGAGUGAGGCAAGGGCACACAGAAGUAAUCUAAACUUUAUCCUAAAGCAGGUGCAUACCAAUACAGACAAAAAGCAGCAGAGGGCAGCCCAUAGAAGGCCCAGACAGCUGCACCACAGACAAUGACAGCAAACAGCUUCUGUAAAGGAUGUAUCUGCUGCAGGGAAGACUCUUCACCAGCCGCAUGUCUCCAACCUUCCCUUGAGAAAGCAGCUGCCUUUCAUUCCCCACCUACAUUAAGGUUAGGGUUUUUUGUUUUUUAAAACCAUCUUCCACUUACCACAAUCAUCCUGAAUUUAGCAGGAUUUAACACAAAGGAUUUUAGCCAAUUUGGAUAUUUAGCAAAGAGAACCAAAUGUGCCUUUAAGAAAAAACACAUGUAAGUGCAUCUUGAAACACUGAAAUGAAACCUGGGAGUAUUCAUGGGAUUUUCUGCACCCUGAACACUUUUUCAACAAAUCUUUAUAAUACAAGAGGGGACAAAAACCACAAACAGCAAGUUUUCUUUAGAGCAGGGUGCAGAGCUGCUCUAAACUGAACAGGAAAGGUCAAGGUAGGUACUGAAGCACCCCAGCCAAGGUUCAAAUAUUUUAUUUUGUAUUCAUAUAGUAUGAAGGUUCUUAUAGUUCCCACAACAUAUGAUGUAGCAUGCAGAGGAAAAAACUAAACAUUCAACAUAAAUCAUUUUUCCCCACACAAACUAAAAAAAAAAAACCAUCCCUCCCCUUUCAGUCCCC